AUGCGCGCGCGCACCCUGCCAGCCGCUGAUGUUCUUUCAGACGUGCAAGACAACAUUCAUGGUUCAAUGCCUGCGAGAGACUGCCACUACAUCGACACCGAGGCUCGAAAUCGUAGAUCGUUGUACCAUCCCCUACCUCCCCCUAAGACCUACCGCGAGCAGAGUGGACAGGGCGCUUGCCAUCAGCAUAGUAGCGCGUCGCCGGAGGAGGCAGGCGGCCGGCGGACGGGCGCGCGCGAGCCCCUCCCGCCGCCCUCCCGACCUCUACCACCGUCGCACCGACAUUCUGCACCUGGAAACCAGGACUGCAAUUAG